GCCUCUUUCACAUCGAAGAAUUCAUCUGGAGCCAGUUAGACGGAGCGUUCAACUUCCAUGCCUUCUAUGAGAUCUGGGAGAAGAGCUCACGGUCUGCUAAAUCAGGUGAUAAGGAAGAUUCAGGGAGAGAAGAGUGGAGUUGAUUUAGAGCACGAGGAAAAGCAAUUACUACAAGAAUUUGUCGAAAAUAUAGAAAAACAUUUUGGAUUUAAAUUCAGGGCCUCUGAACUAAAGAUUCAUGGAUAUACAAAGCAACAACAAAUGGACGAUGAUAUACACUGCUGGAGGGGUAAAAUCGAUGCCAUUGGUGUCAUGAAGAAUGGUACAGUCAUAAUUGUCGAUUGGAUAGUGCCCCGUGAUGAAAAUCACUCGAUUUGGGAUCGAGCAACAAACUUCUCGGGGAAACUUCAUCAAACGAUGAUUUACAGGGAGAUAAUCAGAGCUCAAUGGAAAGAUUCCUAUAAAUGUGAAAAGGAUAUUCCGACAGUUGGCAUCUUGAUUGUGCCUAUAUCAACCACAGGCAGCGAUCCACGUUGGUGUCUUGAUUUUAAAAGGCUCCAAGAGGCUGGAUUUUUUGAUGACAUAGAUGAAUUGACCUGGACAGCACAGAAGCCGAGCAAAACAGACGAGGUUUGUUUGGAAUUGCAAUGUGAUAAGGUCAAACAGAAGCUGUCUGAAACUGUCUCGCAAAAAAGCACACCUUAUAACAGGUCAGCGCUCAUUAAACAAGAAUCUGCGGUCAAAGCGGCAGGAGAAGAUCAUUCACGGAAGGACAACACGCCUGAUGGUGCCUCUGGAAGAACGCCAACAGAUUCGUACCAUACCGCUAAGAUGUAUGAUACACGAAAUGCUGCAGUAGGACCCGUCACACAAAUGCCUGAUUCACAACACGACAUCGCAAGGACGCCAGUACAUCGGUACUAUACCCUAGAAGAGCCACUAAGACUUCAUUCCUCAUACACACAACCUGGAAUCUCUGCCGCCCAGAUGUUUUACCGAGAACUAGCUGAGUUGGAGCCCUAUCAUUUUAUGCAGAAAGCUGGUUGCUCUUGUUAUGGAAGAAAAAAGUGCGCCCAUGCGCGAGGCGCAGGUCAAUGUGACUGCAAAGCUGCAGGGAAGUAA